AUGGAUUCAAAUUUAAUUAAGAUCUUCAAAUACAUUGACAAAUAUCAGGAGCAUAUGCUGGAUGAUCUUCGGAAAAUAAUUUCAUUCAAAUCAAUAUCCGGUUCAUACGAACACCAAAAUGAAAUGCAAGAAAUGAUUCGAUGGACAGAGGCUCGUCUCAAGUCACUAAAACCUAGCUACUGUGAACGGUUUGAUAUCGGAAGUCAUACAUUCAAUGGAAGAACAUUCAAGUUGCCGUACGUAAUUUUCGCUACUUUCGGCAAUGAUCCGAAGAAAACGACCGUUCUGAUCCAUUGUGGAGUUGAUGUGAAAGACAGUGAUCUCAGUGGUUGGACGACAGACCCAUGGUCUCUUGUUAAAAGUAAUCGAGACCUGGUGGGUCGUGGCGUGUACAAAGGGAAAACUCAAUUUAUCAGUUGGUUGCACAUUUUGGAGGCGUUUCGGAAGCAAGACCUUGUACUACCAGUCAAUUUCAAAUUUCUAAUCGAAGGCAUGUCCCAAAUGAAUUCAAUCGGUUUGGAGGACUUGUUGUGGACGGAGCGGACUCGUUUCUUUAGAGACAUCGAUUUUAUAUGCGUUAACGAUAUGGAAUGGUUGAAUAGCACAAAUCCCUGCAUUGGAUUCGGUUGUUGUGGCAUUAGUCAGUUUGAGCUUAUUUGUACGGAGACUAGGAAGGAUAUUGAUCCCUUUGUCAUGAUCGAUUCAGUUAUCAAGUCAAUUUCGGAUGACAAAGGCAACAUUUCGAUUCCGAAAUUCGAUGACGAUGUUUGA